CGGGGCGGGCACGGUUCUGCCACCCUUAAAGGGCUCUGCGGGCGGCACUACCGGGCAGCAUUCCCGGCUGGAGCCAUGGCCGCCUGCGUGCAGCUCUACACCGGGGCCGGGAUGCCCCUCGUGGGGCUGGGCACAUGGAAGUCUGGAGCUGGGCAGGUGAAAGCUGCAGUGACGGCUGCCAUCGAUGCCGGGUACUGCCACUUUGACUGUGCCUACGUGUACCAGAAUGAGAGUGAGAUUGGGGAAGGGAUCCAGCAGAAAAUCAAGGAAGGCAUUGUAAAAAGAGAAGAUCUCUUCGUUGUCAGCAAGCUGUGGUCCACUUUUCAUGAGAAGCAUCUGGUGAAGGGAGCCUGCCAGAAGACUCUUGCUGACCUGAAAUUGGAUUACCUGGACCUGUACCUCAUGCACUGGCCUCUGGGGUUCAAGGCAGGAGAGGAGCUGUUUCCUGCAGAUGACAAAGGCAUGGCUAUACCCAGCAACACAGAUUUUCUAGAUACAUGGGAGGCCAUGGAGGAGCUGGUGGAUGCUGGCCUGGUAAAAGCCGUCGGAGUCUCCAACUUCAACCACGAGCAGAUUGAAAGUAUCUUGAACAAGCCAGGACUGAAGCACAAGCCUGCAAAUGUCCAGAUUGAAUGCAAUCCAUACCUCACCCAGGAGAAGCUGGUGAACUACUGCCAGUCCAAAGGGAUUGCUGUGACAGCAUACAGCCCCCUCGGCUCUCCUGACAGACCAUGGGCUAAGCCAGAGGAUCCUUCCCUGCUGGAUGACCCCAAGAUCAAGGAAAUUGCAGCCAAACACAACAAAUCCACAGCCCAGGUUCUCCUUCGCUUCCAGAUCCAGAGAAAUGUGGUUGUGAUUCCCAAAUCUGUCACCCCACAGCGCAUUGCAGAGAACUUCAAGGUGUUUGACUUCAAAUUGACCAAAGAGGAGAUGGCAACUAUUUUCAGCUUUAACAGAAACUGGAGAGUCUAUACAAUGAGCAUGGGCAAAACUCACAAGGACUACCCAUUCAAUGCAGAAUACUGAAGAUGCUCAUAUCCUGCUCUCCUUCAGAGCUUGGUCUGAUACCCUUCCUAUCAAAUUAUCUGACUUUCUUAUUGCAUUUCUCCUCCUGCAGAGUCACAGCAUAUGUAUUCAGUGAUCAUCUUUUGUUUAUUCUUUCUGAAAGAAACAGUAAAGUUGCUCCAAAAGAAUAAAAUGGGAGCUGUAAUCAUUUUCUGUCAAAAUGUGGAUUGGGUAAUCCACAUUUAGCAAGGGAGAGACUUUGAACUACACAUUCACAUUUUUAAUUUCUCUUGCUUCAACACAACACGCUGAGGAGGAUAGCUGGCAGUUAUGGGAGAAAAACCUGAGAAAUGUGAACUAAAGGCCGGCAGUUUAAUCACUCCGGAAGUAACUGAGAAAGGAGAUUUUCCUACUUAGGAAAAACUUUCCCUUAGGGAAAAAAAUUCAAAAAACAAUUCCAUAAGCAAAAAACACACAGGUGUGUGGUGGGCAGUAUUCUCAGCCAGGUUUCCUCCUGAGUGUGUGGCUUUUCCCUGGGAAGGGCCCAUUCUCCUUUCCCUGCGGGCAGCAGAGGGCAGCCAUCCCUCAGCCACCCGCGCUGUCCCCUCCCGGCAGUGCAGGGACGUCCCUGAUGUCACACAGCCCGGGGGAGCUCAGCCCCCAAAGUGCCAGCACCCCCUCUGGCCCUGUCAGCCAAAUUCUCCCGGCACAAAACGCCCCUCUGGCUCCAUCCACCUCCCCUUCAGCCCAGCCACCAUCUGCCACUGCCCUUAGCCCCACAGCCCCAGGUGACAGCAGGAGCUGUUUGCUUUUGGGGCUGUGUCACCUUUCCGGUCCCAACGCUUGGGCAGGUGGCCAAACACACAUCAUGAAGUUGCACACUGGGCUUCAAGGCAAAAGAUCAAAACCUUGGGUGAAGAAAACGA